GCAACCAUCCUCCGCAUGACUCGGAAGCGGAAGCGCGGCCGUGCUAGUUUCAGGGAGAGAAACCGUGGCGGGAAAGAAUGGCUGGCGAGGAGGCAGGUCCUUUCCGUUUCCGCCCCGCCGUGAUCCGCUACCCCGCAGACCAUCCCUUCUUCGAGGACGGCGACGUCCAUCGGCAUAUGUACCUCCAAGGUCUCCUGGAGAACGUCGCGAGGGACACCGAAAGGCCCAGAACCUCUGAAUUUUCUUGUCAAAUUGGUGGAUGCAGCCAGGUUUUCAACACCUUGGAGAGCUAUGAGCAUCAUUACAACAUGCUGCACAGGAAUGUGUGUUCUUCUUGCAAACGAUCCUUCCCUUCAACACAUUUGUUAGAUGUUCACAUUUUGGAGUGGCAUGAUUCCCUCUUCCAGAUAAUGGCAGAGAAGCAGAAUAUGUACCAGUGCUUGGUAGAGAGCUGUCCAGAGAAAUUCAAAAGUAGCAAAGACCGCAAAGAUCACUUAAUCACAGUUCAUCGGUAUCCAUCUGAUUUUCGCUUUGAUAAAUCCCUGAAAGCACAAAGGAAAGAGAAAAUGAGGCCUUUAUCAAAAGAAAGCAACGUGCCAAUGGAUAUGACUGUGGAAGACUCAGAACAAUUACAUGUUGAGGCCAUGGAAACAGGUCCAGAUGAGAGUGUAAUGGAAAGUGACGUUCAGUCUGAGACAGAGUGUACAGUGGACUCUCCAGCAUUUGGAAAAUGGCUCUAUAGAUCAAGAAUUCCGCCCGCUAUUUGUUUUGGGCAAGGGGCUACCCGGGUCUUCAAAGGCAGAAAAAAGAAAAGUUGAAUAUGACAACCAGGAGGAAUUUCAUCAGCAGAAAAGUGCCUUUAAAAAAAAAAGUUGAUAACACUUUUAUUUCAGUCCUUAGAAGUAUUUCUAGUUUUAGGCACCCCUUCUCAAUUUCUGCACAACAUCCUCCACAUGGCUCAAAUUCAGAAAAAAAACCCACUAUGGUAUGUAUAUAUUAUACUCUACUAUACUAUAGCAUAGUAAGGAACAUUAUACGCAGAAUCCUUUACAUAUACACUAUUUCCCAUGGUAAUAGAUACAUGACAUCAAGUCAACUCGCAGAAAAGGGCCUACGACUUAAUAGACAUUGAGAGAAGAGAUGGCAGGAAGGUGAAACUUUACCCUGCUAACAGUGCCCGAAUGUUUCUCUUGGAAGCCUUCCAUUCAAGCUGAGACAGACAUUAUAUAAGAGCACCUUGGAGCAAGAUUAUUUUCUUCUUCUCUUGUUCUCUGAUGGCUCCAUUACAUACACAAAAGCUCCAUUAGCUUUUCAUCUUCUUCAACCAACUUCUUGAGAUAGUCUGAGUUGCUGAAGAAGUAUAUGUAGAGUUUGCACACCGUCUUCUGGAAGCGGCCCUGCGGAUUUUUGUUUUGGGUCUCUUGUCGAUCAGGGUGUCCAUUAGAAUUUCAAAGACUUUAGCUUGUGUGAUGUUAAGUUGCUCCAGACGUUCUGACAAUUCUUUCAAAUGAGCUAGGUUCUAAUCCAGGGCCUCCUUGGGAGUGAGGGCUUGGUCGUGUUCUUUAACUUGUGUCAGCUGAGCUUGGUGGAGGGCAUGCUGCAUAGUGCAGUUUGAAGAGAGAGGAGCCCCCAUGUUUACUAUGAACAUUGAAUUCAACAGGACUUUGAAUAAAGCAGUUGUUUCCAAGGUAAGGGCUAUGUCUCUUAUUGAAGAUCGUGAUUAAGGAGAAAUCUUCCCCUGAAGUUUAAAAGUCCAGCAGCAAAAGAAGUGGAAACAGCUUCCGAGCAGCAGGAAAGAACCAAUCUCUGAGCAUCCCGAAGCCUCCAGGUGCGCUUCCAAAAGCAGUCCAAAAGGGAAACUGCUGCGGAUCAACCCCUUGCUUGCCAGCAUCAGCAGAAAAGUGCCUUAAAACUAGAGCAAAACUCUGGCUUCAUUUACUAGGAAGCCAGGGAAAUGAACAGAGGCAAAGCUAGUUAAAUAUUGGAACUGAUUCCUGCCCUUCCAAAUGGAGGUAUUUUAGUAGGAGCUGCAAAAUGCUGUGUCUGAACUGGUUGUUGUAGUCCAACUCCAUUUAAAAUUUCAGAAAUAAAGGUAAAGGUUUCUCCUGU